GAUAAAAUGCGAUUCCCUAGAAUCUUUUAUUUCCCAUGGAAGAAGAGGGGGGAUCGCGGCGCUGGGCAGUGAAUGCCGCGGAAUGGAAACCCUCGUCCGCGGAGUUCGAUCUCUUUCUCUCGGCGCUACCGCUCUGCGACUGGGAGGCCGUGCUCAGGUUUGUGAGGAUCGAGGAUCGGAAGAUGGGGAUCUUGAGCCGGCUGCUACAGCGGAAGCUCGUGAAUUCGGUUCUUGGGAUUCCUUACAAGGAGAUCAUCAUCCAUCGCACUCCUCAAGGCAAGCCUUUUCUAGCCAACGAUAGACGACGCCUGAGCCUUCCAGAGUUUAAUUUUAACGUUUCUCACCAUGGAGACUAUGUCGCAAUCGCGUCGGAGCCACACCAUUUCGUUGGCGUGGACGUCAUGUCGCAUGACCCCCGAAUCAAAGAACAGCCACUCGCGUACGUGGAGAACUUUCGGUCCUGCUUCACAGCGCUUGAAUGGGGAAACAUUAUGAGCUCGAAACCGGACCACAAAAAGAUCUUGCACCAAUUUUACAGGCAUUGGUGCUUGAAGGAAGCGUACGUAAAAGCUAUUGGAAUCGGGCUUGGUUUCAACCUCCAGCGGCUCGAGUUCUUCUUUCUCGACGGGGAAAUCUGGGGACAAGUAGCUAGCGUACGAAUCGAUGGCAAACAUCGAGAAGAUUGGUCAUUCUCUUUGCAUCAACUAGACAACGAGCACUGCGUUUGCGUCGCAAAAGGCUCUUCGCAAGAAGGAAGCAUGGAAAAAUACCCGGUUGACAAGCAGCCAUUUAAAAUUCUCACAGUGGAUGAGCUCCUUCCAAACAAUCAAAAAUAACGCUUGGAACUCUUGAAAACUCUGUGUCUUAUCACUCCAAACUUCCGUGGAAGUAUCGUAACCGUCAGGCUUCUGUGGAUUCCAAUCGUA